AUGAAGUAUCAAAACCUGGCUUUAAAGAGAACUUUUCUGCACUGAAACAUGGAGAAAGACUUUUAAUAAAGUGUAGUGUGUUUUUAAAAACAGAUCAUCAGGAGGUGAAAACGUAGAUAACUAGCAACAAAUAAAUAUUAUUUUAGAUGUACUAAGUACAGGUUGAAAGGUAGUAGACGUAGUAAAAUUCCUACAAAGUUGACUACACAGUAUCGUGUUAUAAUUAAAGAUGGCAGAAGGUGGUGUUGCAUUGCAUCAAAACAACUUUAUGAAUCAUCAUCAAAAUUUUUAUUAUUCUCAAACUUCAUCAUCGCGUCAAACAUCUAAACAAUAUUCGCAGCGAGAAAACUCUUCUGAAAGUUACGAAUUAAAUACUACACCAAGCUCUCGCAGUCGCAACAAUAGUCACGGUACAGAUGUCCUAUCCAGUCCGGAAGUGAUACCGCGGAAUCGACAAAUAAACGGGCAAAAUCCUAAUCAAUUGGGAGCAAAUAAUACUAUUAAUCAAUUUCAUACGGCUGAGAACAAAUAUUCAAGAGGUCAACGUCGUGGAGAAAAACUUGAUAUGAAUAACAACGCUGCAGGGAAAAUACAAUUUUUUACGCCACAAGUUUCGCGCAAAGAUGAACAUGGCGAACGACGGCAUCGGCCGCAUUCCAGAUCAGGAUACUUAAGUGACGGCAACCGUAACAAUUCCAGAAAAAAACAUCAAAGUAUUCAAAAUAAUAAUAAGGGUCAACUUCAUUUACCCUCAAAAUUUGGUCACAACAAUGGCAACAGGACUGAUGGUUCAUAUUAUUGGGAUCCAAAUCAUUUUGACCAAAGUGACGAUGAGUCAAUUCAAUCCGACGUGCUAGCUGAACCUUUUCUAUCUGACCAGAAAUCAAACAGAAUGUAUGAUAACCGAAUUUCACAAACAAAACAAUCUUCAUACAGUUACACACAACAAGGCAAUACAAAUUACUCAUCACACAAUGGAGAUGUUCAAUACAACGCAUCUUAUCAAGGAAAUUAUGAAUACAACAACGAAGAUCCAGACAUAUCAAUUGGUUCCCUCAGAAGUCAUGACAUAAUGGAACAUGAAGAAAUGUACCACUUCGGAACAAAUAUGAAACGAAGUGCAUCUAAUCGCAGCGCCAAUAGGAUUCCUAGUCGACCCAGUUCUGUGCGAUCUAAUCGUUCAUCAAUCCGAAAUGGGGAUUUGGAAGAAUAUGAUAUUAUAACUGCAGAUCAGUAUAGUCGGCCAGUAUCUCGUCAAAGUUCCUUAUCACGUCGCAGUGAGCCUCCCCCAUACAGGCAAACAAACCAAUUUCAAACAAACAGCCAGUCACGUACCAGGAACAGCAGUGGUAGUUAUGCCGUGAAACGUUCACAAACAUUGCCGAAGAAUAAUGGCCAUGCUUAUUAUCGUGAGGAAUUUCGUUCAAGUACAUUGCCACGGCGACCAGCCUCAACCAACACGCCAGAGCCAACUUCUGAAGCUAUAGUAGAAGAGGAGCGUGUAAAUGCUGAUGGUUCAACAGUGCUUAUUCGGCGGGUUGUUACAGCAACGACCACACAAGCCUAUCAUGAAAACGAGGUCCCAAAAGUUGAAGUACAUAUUAGCCCUGCUACAGAAACUCUCAUAUCUCCCCCAUUGUCACCAAAUCAUCAAUUAAAUACGCACUUACACCAACAGCAGACAAACUCAUCCAGUCAAAUGAACUCGAUGUCCCAAUAUGAACAAGUGACUACAACUUCAUACAACCAUGACAACAGAUAUGAGAUGCGUGCUGACCAUCAGUACAACGAAGAUAACGAUGAGCGAGUUUCUGUUCGAGGUAGUGAAAGAGCGUAUUCAGGCUCAGGCUCACAGCCUAACAGUAACCCUCCAUACAGACCUGCUAGCCAGGCUAGUUCUGUGCACAAUAGAUCAAGUUAUGGCGAUAACAAUCAAAGCCGAACGAUGAAUACCUCGUUUGAAUACACAGAAUACCAAACACGUAAUGAUCAAAGCCAGCGUCGGUCAUCAAAAUCAUCAUCUGUGAAACUGCCGUACGGUCUACAAGCAGAUGGAGGUGGUCAGUCUUAUAUUACUGAGGAAGUGAUAACACAAAAUAAUAUUUACCUCGAUGAAGGAGCAGCUAGUGGGGGUUUAAUGGAUGAUGAUUUCAAUAGUGGUGUAGUUGGUAGUUCUACGUUUGGAAUGGAACAAACGGACUACUAUGGAAGCGAAAAUCAUGCGGAUAGUACGAAGAAAUCUGCUCAACAAAAUGGCGUCGACCUGCUUGACUUACUAAUGUACUUAAAAACCGAUGAUAGCGCCUUGAAAGCGAAUACUGCAGGUUAUAUCAUGCAUCUCAGUUAUAAUGAUGAUGACGCCAAAAGAAGAAUAAGAGAAGUGGACAUUAUUCCACUGUUGGUUCAACUGCUUGAUCACGAAGACGAAGAUUGUCAUCGAAAUGCUGCAGGAGCGCUCAAAAAUCUCUCCUAUGGACAUUUCAUUGAAGAUAAUAAGAUGGCAAUUAGAAAUUGCGGAGGUAUCACGGCUUGUACCAGACUACUUUACCGAACAUCGUGGAUAGAAGUCCGCGAGCAUGUCACUGGUGUUCUGUGGAAUAUUAGCUCAAUUGAGACGAUCAAACAAGAUGUUCUGAACGAGGCCGUCGAAGCUGUUGCCGAACUCAUCGUUAUUCCUCUCUCCGGAUGGGAGAAAGAGUUUGCAGAGAUGGGAAAGAAACCCGGUGUGGUCACGUGGUCUACACUAUUACGUAACUCUACAGGCGUGUUACGAAAUGUUUCGUCUGCCGGUUUUGAAGGACGCUCAAAGUUGCGCUCCAUUGACGGGCUAGUUGACUCGUUGGUGUGGAUUUUAAAAGCCGCCAUAGCAUCCAAGAAUAACGAUAUCAACAAUAAGAUUGUUGAAAACGUAACUUGCACACUGAGGAAUUUAUCGUACAAAGUCGAUGUAGAGAUAGACCGAAAUGUUUACCCAGACGCUGCCAAGGUAACAAUUAAAGAUGGUACCGAUAGUAACAUCAAUGACAAUCAAGUAAAUGACAACAGUAAUAAAAAUGGUAGCAAAGGAGCGAAAAAGGAGCCGACCACAGAACUUGUUCCACAAGACGCAACUAAAACCGGUUGUAUCGGGAUGAAGAAAAAACCCUUCGUGAAGCGAAAGACAAAUCGUAGCAAACAUCCUUUAUCAAACGGCAACAAAAAACCACCCCCUGAACAGUGGAAGUACCUUGUGCCCGUUCAAGAACACAGACCCACGCCCCUUGGUGUUGAAUUACUAUGGCAACAAGAAACAGUGACUAUUUAUAGCUAUUUGUUGACGAAUUCAACGAAUCCAAUCACGCUAGAGGCUGCUGCUGCGGCUAUCCACAAUUUGUGUGGUUGCAAGUGGAAUUGGGCAGGCUUACUUCGUGUACAUAUACGUCUACAGAAGGGGAUUCCCCCUAUGCACGAUUUGCUCUCCGUUGAUCAAGAAUAUGUAGUGCGCUCCAUCGCAUAUGCUUUAAGAAAUCUGUCUAUAGAUCGCACUAACAAAUGGUCCAUUGGUAAGUUUGCCCACACUGGCUUACUGCAAGUUUUGCCCACGGUAAAAACUUACGAAACUGACUUGAAGCCAGCUGACUCAACCAUCUGUGCAGUAUUAUCUGUCUUGCAAACUCUGGCUUACAAGGAUUACUACAACUCGAAGUAUAUUAAAGAUGGCGGUGGUAUUGAAAAACUAAUUGGCUUAACCAGAGAAGCAUCGAGCGGACGAAAACAAGAUGAAAAGCCGCUUCGAGUGUAUUCCGAACGUGUCAUCCUCGAAGCGAAUAGGGUUUUGCUCUACAUGUGGGAGUUUAAAGAUUGUCGUGAUGCUAUUAAAGAACGUCCGUGGUCACACAGCAAAGCGGAAGAUAACGAAAAAGCAUUUAAAAAUGCAUCAUUAAAGAAAAGCAAGUCGAACACUGAUGCCUACGCGCAAAUGGAUCGCGCUGAAGAUGUUGUGAUCGCGAGCCGCGAUUCAAGGCGAUACGUUGAUGUUGAAGCGGAAGACGAUAACGAGAACAUCGAUCAGUCGCGUGUUGAAAAACCACCUCUGGAGGAGUACGAAAUGAGCAACAUCGGUCAUGGUGACGUUGCGCAUGACGAAACACAGGAUGAUGAACCAUUGGUUCGUAAAAACAGUUCGCAGAAGAAAAAGAAAAAUAACUGGUUCAAAAAAGACAAUACAGAGGAGAGUAAAAAGGGGUCUAAAAAUAAACAAGAUGAAAAAGCCAAGCUUGUGAAGGGUGAAGAGGAUUCCUUUGUAUAGGAAUCCCCAUUUAGUAGACGUAUUGUUUUCUAAUUUCUAAUAAAUUAAUGUAUUUACAGGUAUUGUUUUAUCCCUAGGUUUAUUCGGUACCGUAAAAACUGACCAGAUGUGCUUAAGAGAUAAUUUUAUUUCCCUUUUUUUAUAAUUUUGAAAUUUUCAAAAUUCUACAGAAUAGCAAACAAUUUGUUGAUUUUUUGUAUAUUUACUGCACAUAGUAUAAAUAUUCGAAUAUUUCGUUGUUCUCCAUCGUUGAUGAUAAUAUGAUGGAGAGUAUUUAUUGCAGUUAUUGUAAUGUUUCACUUAUUUUAUACCCUCAUUCUUGUAGCCUGGAACGAGGUUGAUAUUUUGUCAGGUGAUGUAAAAUCUUUGUAAGAUGACGUAAUUUUUUUAUUUAUAAAAUGACACGGUGUUAGACAUCUAACAUUUUCCAACAACAAAAACAAAAUCCGAAGAGGUUUCCACACCUUUCAUGUA